UCAACUUGCCACUGCUCUGUGCUGAUACAUCUGCAAUAGUCUGUGAAAAGCCACCCCACCUCUUGAUUUUCUCCCUCCUUUUCCUCCUUCUAUUACUUGACGGAGUGCAGACGGUGUGAGAGCAUUCCCUUUUUCUUACCGUCUGUACCAACUAGACUGUGGCAGCAGCUGAGUGUAGCUGGAGGAGAGAGAGGCAGCGAACAGGAGCAGAGAGGACUGUCUGCACUCACGGUAUCGUGGUUUCAACAUGCCUCUGAGGAGUACAAGUCUACCUGGGAUUGCUGUGCUCAUCUCUGCGUUGCUUCGCAGCCCCUGUGGGACAGAUGUUUGUGACAGCCCGCUGGUGUCUAAUCUGCCCCAUUCGUCAUUCCAAAGCUCCUCACAGCUGUCUGGUAGCCAUGGGCCAGUCUACGCGAAGGUCAACAGGAGGGAAGGUGCUGGAGGGUGGUCUCCUCUCAUCUCGGACAGAUACCAGUGGCUUGAGGUGGACCUAGGGAGCAGAACACGGAUCACUGGUGUUGCCACUCAGGGACGUUAUGGUAGCUCCGACUGGUUAACGGCCUACCUGUUGAUGUUCAGCGAUACAGGCCACAAUUGGAGACAACAUCGUCAAAAAGACAGUUUUGGGGCUCUUCCAGGCAACAGCAAUGCUGACACGGUGGUCCAGUACAAACUUGAAGAGAUGGUGGUCACUCGCUUUCUCCGCCUCAUCCCUCUGGCCUGGAACCCAAAUGGAAGGAUUGGACUUCGACUUGAAAUAUAUGGAUGUCACUAUGCUUCUGAUGUAGCAAACCUUGAUGGCAGCAGCAGUGUGCUAUACAGGCUGAGUGCUCAGUUGAGCCCGUUGGCCAUUUCUCUGAAUAUGAAAACCUCAGAGAAUUGCGGAAUCCUGCUCCAUGCUGAGGGAAAGGGAGCUCACAGCCUCACUCUGGCCUUAGAAAAAGGCAAACUGAUGCUUUUUCACCAACAAGGUUUGAGUUCAUCCCCUGAUGGUCAUGUCCUAACAUCAAUGGGUAGUCUGCUUGACGACCAACACUGGCACUUCGUAAAGCUUGAACGAACUGGCAACCACCUCAACUUCACCGUAGAUAAGAAUACACAGCAAGUUGUCAUACCAAAUGAGCUCAGCCAUUGGGACAUUCACUGGUUGAGUCUUGGAGCUAUCCAAAGCACUGGACCUCAGUCAAAUCCUUUUAAGAAGAACUUCAAUGGCUGCGUGGAAAACCUGUAUUACAAUAAUCUCAACUUGAUAGAAAUGGCAAAACAAAACAAUCCCCGGGUCACUUUGAUGGGCAAUGUGACUUUUUCUUGUGCUGAGCCACUUUCAGUGGCUGUAACGUUCACUGACCCCCAGAGCUUCUUCGAGUUGCCUGGACGCACAGCAGGUUCAUCGGGGCAUAUCAUUAUAACUUUACAGUUCCAGACAUGGAACAAGGACGGAUUACUACUCACCUUUAACAUUCUGCAACAAAACAGAACUCUCUGGCUGUAUUUAAGUGAAGCCAGACUCCAACUACAGAUCAAUGACAGUUUUGGGGCACUGCUCAAUCUCCAUACAGGUUCGGGGCUGAGCGACGGUCUGUGGCAUUCUGUGAAGCUUACCUUUGCAGAAGAUCACCUGAGUAUCAGAGUAGACAACGAUAAAGGAGCGACUGCCCAUACUGCAGUCAUUCCGCACCCUGAUGGGCAACUAUACUUUGGUGGCUGUCCUACACUGGAUAAUAAUCACAAGUGUAGCAACCCCGUUACAACCUUCCAGGGUUGUAUGCGUCUUGUGACUCUGUACAACGAUCUGGUGGACUUCAUCAAGAUGCAACAAAGGCUGCUGGGAAAUUAUAGCCACUUGUGGAUUGAUAUGUGUGGCAUCACCGACAGAUGCUCUCCUAGUCACUGUGAACAUGGAGGAACAUGUACUCAGUCAUGGAAUACCUUCCAUUGUAACUGCUCUAACAGUGGUUACACAGGGGCCACCUGCCACAGCUCAAGGUAUGAACAGUCGUGCGAGGCCUACAAACACAAAGGAAGGACAUCAGGCCAUUAUUAUGUAGAUGUGGAUGGUAGUGGUCCAAUUAAAGCUCAGCUCAUAUACUGCAACAUGACAGACAGAGCCUGGAUGGUAAUCAAGCACAAUAAUACAGACCUGACCACGCUGCAAUCAAGCACCGAGAGAAAGCAACAUUUAGCCCAUUUCCGUUAUGCAUCCGAAGAGGAGCAGUUAGCGGUGAUCCUCCGCCAAUCGGAGCACUGUGAGCAGGAACUGUCUUACUUUUGCAGGAAUUCCCGUCUCCUUAACAAACCAGACAGUAUGUCACUAAGCUGGUGGUUUGGAGGUCAAGCUCCCGGACAGAUCCAAACACACUGGGGUGGAGCUCUGCCAGGCAGUCACCAAUGUGCUUGUGGCCUGAACAACAACUGUUUGGACCCAAAUGUCCAGUGCAAUUGUGACGCAUACAAUGAACAAUGGACUAAUGACUCCGGUCUCCUCACCCAUAAAGAGACUCUUCCAGUACGUUCUCUGGUACUGGGGGGCAUAGAGCCAGACUCAGAAGCUGCCUACAAGGUGGGACCUCUACAGUGUCAUGGAGACAAAAGUUUUUGGAAUGCUGCACUCUUUGAUAGAGAGACGUCCUACCUUCAUUUCCCUACCUUUCAUGGAGAAUUAAAUGCAGACAUUUCUUUUUUAUUCAAAACAACAUCGUCCUCUGGAGUCUUCCUUGAAAAUCUGGGCAUCAAAGAUUUUAUCCGUAUUGAACUCAGAUCCCCCUUUGAAGUGAUCUUCUCUUUCGAUGUGGGGAAUGGGCCACUGGAGCUCCGAGUGGAAACUGGGGUCCCUCUGAAUGACGAACGCUGGCACAGCGUCCGAGCCGAACGAAAUGUAAAAGAGGCAACGCUUCAUGUUGAUGACUUCCCUGCAGUUAUACAGGAGGCUCCUUCAGAUGGCCAAAUCCAUCUGCAGUUAAACAGCCAACUGUUUAUAGGAGGUACAGCUUCCAGACAAAAGGGCUUUAAGGGUUGUAUCCGUUCUCUGCAGUUAAACGGGAUCACUCUUGAUCUGGAGGAGAGGGCAAGGGUCACGCCUGGGGUCCAACCUGGAUGCCCUGGCCACUGCAAAAGCUAUGAGUUCCUCUGUCAAAACCAGGGACUUUGUGUGGAAAGACACAAUGGUUUAUAUUGUAAUUGUAGUCAGUCAGCCUACACUGGAGCCUUCUGCCAUAAAGUGAUUUCUGCCAACUUUAAGUCAUCAACAUCCAUAAGAUAUACCCUUCAAGAGCCCCAUGAACUGAGCCAAAACCGUAGUGCCUUGACUUCAUCUAUCUUUUCUAAAAUGACACUGAAAGGAGAAAAUAUCUCCCUGAACUUCAGGACUACACAGACUCCCGCACUGCUGCUCUUUGUCAACUCAUUCUACAGGCAAUACAUUGCCCUGCUCAUCAACAGACAGGGUGAACUAGAAUUAAGGUACAAGUUACACAACAGCAGAAAUGUGGAGGUGUUUGGAAGCAGUGUCAUGAACCUGGCAGAUGGACGCCUGCAUGCAGUGGCCAUUAAAAGGCGAGGAGACACCAUCUCUAUUCAGGUUGACAAGAGUGACAGUGAGAACUUCCGCUUGACAUCUGAUGUAGAAUUCAACAGCAUAAAUGCAAUUAUUCUGGGAAGAGCACGGGAUGCUGAUAUUGUGGACAUGGAGCUGGCCAAGGUGGCUGCAGUUGGCUUCACCGGCUGUCUCUCAGCAGUUUACUUUAACUCCAUAAGCCCCCUUAAAGCAGCUCUGUUCCAACCUGGCAGGCAUGUAGCCAUCACAGGCCCACUGACACAGUCAAACUGUGGUUCUCUGUCCUCUGCUAAUCCCCAAUCUCCAGUAACAACACAUUCUUUACCAGACCCACCUCCUUCACUGGAUCCAAGUCAACCUUUAGUCAACACCAUCAGGAGAGACUCAGCUGUAAUUGGAGGUGUUAUAGCGGUGGUGAUUUUUAUCACUGUUUCUGCGUUGGCCAUCAUCGCCAGAAUCACCUGCAACAGACACGAGACGUAUCGGAACACGGAUGUAAAAGCAUCACAGCCUGACGUUGUUAACGAUGUCCAUGACGAACCAAACUACCAUAGUGCUCGCAAUGAUAACCAAAAAGAGUUUUUCAUAUGAAGGAAGUGUUACUGACAAAAGAGACUGGCUCUGAUCUGCAGCACAUUUUUACGAAAAACCGCAUUUAGAGCCCUGGGUCAAUUAUCUGUACUUUUUAAUUUUGAUUUGUAAAUAUUGUAUGCUUUGCACAACUGGUAAAAUAUCAGUGAUGAGUGGAUAUAAGAUGUCAGUAUUCUAGUAUUCUCAUUUUAACAGUGUGGAUCUUAUAAAAUAUGAAUAAAGUGAUUGUGUACAGUAUUUAAAAUAAAUCUUACGUAAUGUCUUAUUCAAAGCACCAAUGCCAAAUUUAUUCUGCAUACUGUAUGAAAAUGUUGUAAAACUGGUAUUUUGGGGGAUUGAAGUGGUUUAGCAGCUCAUGUAUAUCUUGAAGAAGCCAUUGAGUGGCGACUCUGUGAUGGAUUGUCAGCAAUCUUACGGACCGAAGAUUCAAACCCACAACUUCAGACUCUGAGGGAGACGAGCUGAUUAAAUUCAAUGUGUCCUGCAUCAAACAGUUAUCAAGCUGCCAAAUCAGAUGGGGCACCUCCUGUUUAAUAUUAACUUAUUUCACCAUACAUAAUUGUCUAGUUUGAUAUUUUGUAUAUGUAUUUACAUUUGUUACAACAGUGUUUCAGGGUUUUUUCUUUAAAAGAAAAUGAUCGUUGGUGGUGGAAGGUUAAUAUUUAAAUACUUUUUUGAGGGGGCUUUGGGGUUUGUUAUGAAAAAUAAAUGUACAUUGGAUGAAAAUUGCAAAUGAAUUAAAAAAAAA